AUGAUAACGUUCUCACACAAGGGCAAGAGUCAGAGACCGAAGUUUCUGUUUUACCUGAGGAUCAACGAAUUGACCAAUAUCCCUCAGAGUAGCGGGUAUUGUUACGUGAAAUGGCAGUUUAAGGAUGGCACAGGCACCUCGAGCCAUUCGGUGAUAACGCAAGAAAAUGGCGGGGUCAGCGGAGCGGGAUCGACUAUUCAUACGAAUACGCAGAGCAGGGGCCUUUCGCCCCGUGUCUUGGUCAAGGCGCAUCGUGCCAAAUGGAAUCAUGAGCUGGAAAAACCUGUACAGGUCAAACUCACGACAGACAAAGAAAGAAGACUGCAUGCGAAAUACGUCGUGUUGGAAGUGUUUUUCGAGUUUUUGGAACCCAGCAAAGGCCACCCAACGCGGUAUGCGCAUUCACGUCAGGGUUCCAAUGGGUCCGGUGCGACCGGUGCGUCUCAGUCGCAGUCAUCUUCCCAACCGCAGUCGCAAUCGAGCUCUGGUUCUAGUGUAUACACGCAAAAGGUAUCGCGCAAAAUACUACUGGGAUCAGUGCAACUCGAUAUUUCUCAGUACAUCAACGAGGACCAAAGCCCCGUAACAAGCCGGUUCCUCCUACAACACUCCAAGAUCAAUUCGAUCUUAAGUGUAAGUGUCAAAAUGGUCAUUGUGAGAGGCUCUUUCGGCGAUUUCAGGCUACCCGGCUCGACCGGUUCGGGUCAAUUGCCCAGCUCCUUGCGUAAUGGGCUAGGAGACGUACUCGACGAAGGCUCCGAUGUGACUUCCCCGAUUUCGUCGACUUUUCCCAACGGGACAGGAACUCCGUCCAGUGGAGUAAACCACACGAUCGGUAGUCCGACGAAAAGUGCAGUGACAGACAUUCCAGGCUCAUAUUCGAUUGCGAUCUCUAACCCUCUUGUCGAUCGACUUUAUCAGAAAACUUUCCAGAUUCCUUGGGACCCACGGCCGGGCGAAUACACGCCACGCGAAUGCGUCGAAGAUAUCCUUGAUGGUGGUGACGGAUGGGCCAAAAACGAAAAUGGAAUCAACCUCAUCGAUAUCGAGGCCUUACAACUCACUGAGAUUGAACGUGACGAACGGAACCAGGGGCCUGAUGCGCCCAUCGCGCUCAAUUACGGUGAGAUGGACACACGUGCGUUUCUAGAACGACAAAUGCGAUUCGAGGCGCAAUUGAAUCCUAAGACAAACGCAAUAACUGAUCGCAAACAAUUGUCGCCCACUGGGAGCGAGGACAACCUGAUACGAUACGACAUGCUACCUCAGGAAAGUGACACUUACAAGAGUUGGACUAUAGGCAAAAUCUUGCCCUGA